AAGGCUAUCCGGAAGGCGGGUGCGUGGGGAGCAGAGACCCGCCGGGGCCCCGUCAGCAGACGGGACACGGACGGGGGAUCCACACGCCUAAUCGGAGCUCACUAACAGGGAUAAGGGCUACAGGGCCGCACCUGCGGAAGCCCGCCGGUCCCGCCUCCGGCUCCUACUCUGCGGGCCGCCGGCACAGCGGGUUCAGCGGCCGCUCCCGGAGCCGCCGCUGCCCGGGUCUAGGCGGCCGCGGCCCCGCCGGGCGAGACCACCUGUGAGGGCGGCCGAGAUUGGCGGAGGCGGUCAUGUGGGCGGUCACGUGCCGCGGCGAGCUCCGUCCAAAAGAAAAUGGGGUUUGGUGUAAAUCUGGGGGUGUAAUGUUAUCAUAUAUCACGCUACCUCGUAAAACCGACACUGAAAGCUGCCGGACAACAAAUCACAGGUCAAAAUUAUGAGUUCUUCGUAUUAUGUGAACGCGCUUUUUAGCAAAUAUACGGCGGGGGCUUCUCUGUUCCAAAAUGCCGAGCCGACUUCUUGCUCCUUUGCGCCCAACUCGCAGAGAAGCGGCUACGGGGCGGGCGCCGGCGCCUUCGCCUCGACCGUGCCGGGCUUGUACAAUGUCAACAGCCCCCUCUACCAGAGCCCCUUCGCGUCGGGCUACGGCCUGGGCGCCGACGCCUACGGCAACCUGCCCUGCGCCUCCUACGACCAAAACAUCCCCGGGCUCUGCAGUGACCUCGCCAAAGGCGCCUGCGACAAGGCGGACGAGGGCGCGCUGCACGGCCCGGCCGACGCCAAUUUCCGCAUCUACCCCUGGAUGCGGUCUUCAGGACCAGACAGGAAGCGAGGCCGCCAGACCUACACGCGCUACCAGACCCUGGAGCUGGAGAAGGAGUUCCAUUUCAAUCGCUACCUGACUCGGCGCCGCCGCAUCGAGAUCGCCCAUGCGCUCUGCCUCACCGAGCGCCAGAUUAAGAUCUGGUUCCAGAACCGCCGCAUGAAGUGGAAGAAAGAGCAUAAGGAAGAGGGUUCCACCCCUACUGCAGCCCCUGAGGGCGCGGUGCCGUCUGCUGCCGCCGCUACUUCCGCCAAGGCCGACGAGGAAGAGGAGGAAGAGGAAGAAGAGGAGGAAGAGGAGGAGGAAGAGGAGGAAUGAGGGGCCCAGCUAGGGCCCUGGCUGCAUCGGACAGUCGGAAAAGCGUCUUUAAGAGACUCAAUGGUUUUAUUUACAAAAAUGAGGGGAAAUAAAAGAAAAU